GAAAUAUAAAAUUCUUGUUUAGCUUUCAAUAACGAAGACGGCAUUUUUAUUCAACUUCUGACUUUUCUAUAUUGUGCAUCCACGUUAAUUUAUUUAAACACGCUUCCAUGCAAGUUCAAAGCACUAAUUGAUCUAGUGAUGGAUUUCUCUGUUUUAUUUUAUGUAAUGUUAAGCAUUUCUAUCACUACUAUUUUUGCUGCUACAGAAGAAACAAGAAUAUUAUGUCCAAUUCAAACCUUGUUCCAGCUCGGAGAUUCCCUAUCCGACACUGGGAAUGCCAUACGCCUCCUUCCCGUGGGCCUCACGCUCCCGGCAGCCCGCCUUCCCUAUGGCGAAACUUUCCCUGGCCGGCCCACCGGCCGUUGGUCCAAUGGUAGGCUCAUCAUAGACUACGCAGCUAUGGCUCUUGGGCUUCCAUUGGUGAACCCAAAUUUAGAUAAGAACGCUUCGUUGCUGUGGCCGGAGCAACGGCGCUCAAUGCUUCUUUCUUUCUUUCUAGAGGGAUUAUUGUUCCUAGUGUUGGAUCAUUGGACGUUCAACUACGUUUAUUUCGUACCUACCUCGCCUCAAUCAGUGGCUGACGAAGGAUUUUAACGAUGGGGAUCCAAAAUAAAAGUAAAAAAUACUAGUACUCGUAAAAAAAAAUUAAAGUAAUAAUUUUUCAAUACUUUUUCAAAGUAAAGAAUUAAGCAAUCCUUGAUGAACUUUUGAACAUUGGCAAUAUUCAAAAGAAGCAAUUUCUCUCACCUUUUCUUGCGGGUAAGUCACAAGUUCUCUCACUUUUAAUUCUAUGUAAUCGAUUUUUUUUAUAAUAGAAUCAAACAAUAUCAAAAUAAUAUAUUGUAACUGAAGAAUACCUUGUUCAUGAAAGAAGUAUUUCAAACAAAAAGGAGAAUUGGAGAAAGAGAGAAGUAGGAUACGGCACAGUUGGCAGAGCAAUGGGAGAAGAGUAGUUUGUGAA